AUGGAUGUCAACUCGCAGAACUUCUGGCUUGUCCUGCCUGGACUUCUCCAGAGCCUGGCUGACUGCGAUUUCGCCGUCAUCGACUUGGAGAUGUCUGGUGGCGUCACUGACCGUGACGAGUCGCGGUACAGUGGUCUCUCAGGCAAGGAGCUGUCGUACGCCAUGGCCGCCCACGCUGCCACGCAGUACAACAUCCUCGAAUUUGGACUGACCUUGAUCAAGAACCCCAAGAACAAGAACUCAGAGUUCGUGACGACCACGUACGACUUUGCCGUCAACAACCUCUUCCUCCAAGACACCAGAGACGAGUAUAUCUUCCAGCGCUCGCAGGAGCGCGUCAUCAACUUCUCCGUCACUGCCCUCGACUUCUUCAAGAAGAAGGGCGUCGACCCCAUGACCCUCAACGGCUUUGAAGGCGAACAUCGGGCCGGCGUCCCGUUUCUGAGCCGCAAGGAGCGUGAAGAGGCCAUGGAGCAGGCCAUCCGCGCCAGAAACUUCACGCGGGUGGGCUGCGAUGAGAUGGACAUCCCGGCCCGCACUUUCUACGAAGACAAUGCCGAGCUCAUCAGAAAGUGGUAUAAUGCCAAGCCCCGCCCCAACUCCCAGGUCAUCAUGUUGCAUCCACGAUCGACCCGCGUCUCGCUCUAUAGACGUCUCGUCGCUGAAAUCCUCGAGGAGUACCCUGACUGCUUCAUGGAGCCGUUCUACUCCUACGGAAUGCGCAUCUCUGUCAAGACCGCCGAGACUCUGAAGAUUGAGGACGAGCCACCAUCAAGAAGCAGGCCCUGUCUCAGCAUCGUCUUUGAAGCCCUCUGCGGCGGCAACUUUCUGGAUCUCAUCGACACGGUCGAGCUAUCUGCCACGCUCGCGGCGUGCCCCGGCUGGCGCAACAACGUCGGCGACCUCCAGCGGCACCUCAACAAGUGCCAGACGGCGCUGCGGGCCAAGCGUCCGGUCCUGGUCGGCCACAACAUGGUGUACGACCUGACGUUCCUCUACGACGCGUUCGUGGGCUGCCUGCCGGCGACGCUCGCCGGGUUCCAGUUCAGGCUCUUGGCCAUCUUCCCGCGCAUCAUCGACACGAAGGUCCUGGCCGUCCACAUCAACCACGUCGACGGCAACGACCCGCUGGGCGCCCUCUACAACGACUUCAAGCACGGGCGACCCGAGAUCACCCAUGCUCUCGGCUUUGGCUACAACGUGGACCAGGGCCGUGCCCACUCGGCUGGCUUCGACACAUCUGUCUGGUCCUCCUCGCCUGUGCCGCCUCGCCGUGUGUUGUUCCAUGUCGCCCGCGGUGCCCACUCUGACAUUGCCAUGCCCAACCUCGAGGGCAGGUGCUAG